AUGCCUGGAGACAAAGACCUAGUCAUGAGCAGGACAGCAUCUUCCACCAGCAUCCAGGCAUCGGAGCUCUCAGGGCCGGUUCCAAUGCCAGUCCCAAUUACUCAGGCAAAAAGCGAAUCUCCAGCUCCUGAUGCAGCACCAGAGCCAAAGUCAACUGAAGCAGGUGGAACCGGUGACGCAGAAGAUGCCGUCGGUGCUGAGAUGUUCUCUAUGCACCCUAGAAGUGUCUAUGUUGUGGUCUCAGAGCCCAAAGACAUGAGUGAGAAGUUUCACUGGGGUAUCAUUAUUGCCCGCAGCCAAAAGGAAGGCAUUCUCUACCACCGUGUCUUUGAUGGCAGCCAGUGGGAGCUGCAGAUCGAAGAGAACAAAAACAUACCCGCGGACCAGGCCGUUAUCCUCUUGCUGAGGGUUGGGGACGUGCCUGAAGUCUCUCCGCAAUGGAUCACGGCCAUUCAAGAGUGUAUAACUGCUGUCAAUAUCCCCAGAACCACCAUGGGAGCCGUCACCUGCCGUACCUUUGUCCUGGCUGUCGCCUACGAGCUGGGCAACGGCGGCUUCAUCAGCCUAUAUCCGAACUGGAACACGGUCAAAGGCAUUGAGAGAGAGGCGUAUCAGUUUGCUAGGCAUGCUGGCAACCUCGGACGCCGCCUGGUAGUUGCUAGUCAGUGGAGUGAGCUGUAA